CUCUCACCCCGACCUGACCCACCCACCCCUCGCCGGCCCACCGCCACAGGUCGCCGCAAUGGCGUACAACCCUUCGCGCGCGCGCCUCUCGCCGCCAGCUCCCGCGGCCCCUCGCCCCAGGAAGCGCGGACGCUCCCCCUCUGCUCCCGGCGCGGCGGUGUGGCGCGCGUCCGCAUACGUCGCUCCUUUCGACCACCGCCGCCGCUGGCAGGACCCCGCAGGCGCGUCUGGCCGCGUCUGGCAGGGGUACCACGCGCCGCAUGCUCCGGUGCCCUACCGGCGGUGGAUCUUCGCGGACGAGGCAUCGACCUCGGGCUCAGAUGCAUGCACAAUCAUGUCAUACAACAUCUUGGCGGAUAACAAUGCACGGAACCAUCCUGACCUUUACUUGGACGUCCCUUGGGAUGCUUUGAGGUGGGAUUCGAGGAGAAGGCUUAUUAUCCAUGAAAUUAGGCACUGGGACUCUGACUUAGUGUGUCUUCAGGAGGUGGAUAGAUUCCGGGAAAUCGCUGCAGAAAUGAAGAACAAAGGCUAUGAAUGUAGCUUUAAGGGGCGCACUGGGGAUGCUAAAGAUGGAUGUGCUACCUUUUGGAAGUCAGAACGGUUACGUCUGCUUGAGGAAGAUAGUAUUGACUUUAGUGAAUUCAAUCUACGAAAUAAUGUUGCUCAAGUAUUAGUUUUUGAGCUUAACGGAACCCAAAAAUUUGUACUCGGGAAUAUCCAUGUUUUGUUUAAUCCAAAGCGUGGAGAUAUAAAAAUGGGACAGAUCCGCAUGCUACUGGAGAGGGCGAAUGCUCUUGCUGGAAAAUGGGAUGGAAUUCCUAUUGUGCUGGCUGGUGAUUUUAACAGCACACCUGAAAGUGCCAUCUACAAGUUCUUGUCGACAAUGAAGCUGAACGUUUCUUUGCAUGAUAGAAGGCAGUUGUCUGGACUGGAUAGCUCUGAAUUUGGUUUGUAUUGUAGUUUACUGAACUGCGAAUGGAGUGACGAAGAAGUGAGAAAUGCGACAGGGUCCUCAAAUGUCAUGGUCGCUAGACAUCCGUUGAAGCUCUCUAGCUCUUAUGCCAUGUUAAAGGGAAAUUCAAGCAAUAGGGGUCAUCAUGGUGAACCUCUAGCAACGUCAUAUCACAAGAGGUUUCUUGGGACUGUUGAUUAUUUGUGGUAUACUACUGGGCUUGAAUGCUCCAGAGUUUUGGACACACUACCUGUGGACGCUUUGAGGAGAACGAGGGGUCUUCCAACCAGGGAAAUGGGCAGUGAUCAUCUGCCAAUUGUUGCUGAAUUCAUCUUCUCAGAACAGACCAGAGAUGCAUCCGAGCAAGAAGAUGAAUCUGCAGGAGAAGCAAUCACGUCAAAACACAUAUAUUUCUCCUCAGACAGUGACAGUUAGGCUGAUGCAAGUUAGUUAUUCAAUUGGUAGGAAAGGUUUAGGAUAACCGACUCGGAGGGCACAGCGCACAGCACAUCAGAGUAUGCACGGCGGUGACCAUACCAGUCAGGAUUCAGAUGCAGAAAUUAUCUUAUCUAUCGUAAGGCUAUGUCAUAUCCUUGCCAAACACGCUGUGAGUGAAUGUGCAAGGUGUUUAGCCAGAACCUGUAGUGGAUUCCAGUCAUGCUGCUUCAGGCUGCUGAUACGGAUCAGAAUCAGGUGUGUGGAGAUGAUGUCUCCAAUGCCAAGGUUAUGGCGAAACGCUCGAGUGUUCUCCGCAAGGUAUACAAAUAUUUGUCAGUUUAGCAUUUGGUACUCAGUGUAUCUAUUCUCCUAUUUUGCGCAGAAUAUUGACACGCUAUUGUUAUGAUUUAACGUGCAGUCUGUACAUUACGACUGUAGUGUACUCGUUCUGUCUA